AUGAUUAAAUAAGAGUAGUUUAUUUGGGAGGAAGGUACGCAAGAACUUAAAGGAAUAUAUUGGGAUUAUCGUUAUAACCCACCUUUAUAAAGAGUAACAAAAUUACAAAUAAUUUUUACAAAACACAAAGAAAUCUAAUAUUUUAGAGAUGGCUCUAGGCUAAGAAUGUAUAAAUUAUUUAUAUUGACCUCAUAGAGAAUAAAUAAAGGAUACUUCUAAGAAGCCUGAAAUUUUAAACAAUAUAGAGUAAAUCCUAUAUCUGCAAUGGUCAGGAAAAUAUAAACAAAAUAUUUAAAAAAUUGGAAAGUGGAUAGCCAAAUGGAAUGGUUAAAUAAUAUAGGAUGCGGGUGGAUAUUAUUCAGAUAAAGGAAAUAAAACAGGUUUUUGGAAAGAACUUUAUAUCAAUUAUUGGACAGAAGGUACUAUUCUUUAAGUAAUGGAAAAGCAUAAGUUUAUGAAGAAGGAGAAUAUAAUGAAGGAUUGCGAACAGGUUAUUGGAAAUAAAUCUUUAAUGCCUAAUUGAUGUAAAUUAUAAAAAUAACAUCGAAAAUAGGGGUCAUGGAUAAUAUAAUAUAAAAGGGUAAAAAUGUGGUAAAUGGGUCGAGUUGUGGGAAGGCUUUUGGAGGAAAUCUUAAGUGAAGUAGGUUGGUGAGUAUAAAAAUGGUAAAAAAGUCGGUAUAUGGGAUUUUGAGUAUAGAGAUUCUAAAAUGUAAGAAUAUUAUAAAAAGUGAAAAUAGUGGUGGGGGAUCAUAUGAAGAGGGAGGUGAUGGAGUUAAAAUUGGAAGGUGGAUUGAUUUGGAUGAUACUUAUGAUAAUUCUACAUUAGUAACUCAUAUUGGAGUAUAUAAAAAUGGUAAAAAAGUAGGAUUAUGGAAGACUUUUGAGAAAUAGUCAUUAUGGUAUUAAUUUAUUUAUUAUAUAUAGUGGUAGCACAAAUUUUGAUGAUAAUGGGGUCAAAAUUUAUCAAAGUUAAGAGUAUUUUUAUAUUAUAAUUUUUAGUAAUAUAAUCUAUAUUGGUGAAUUUGAAAAAGGUAAAAAAGUUGGUAUAUGGGAUAUUUAUUGGAUUUGGAAUGGCAACUAAAUAAUGUAAAAAUUAUUAUAUAAGUGGCUACAGUGGAGGCGGUGCAUAUGAUGAUAAAGGUAAUGGAUUAAAAAUUGGCAAGUGGAUUGAUUUGGAUGAUGAAUUUAAUUAUUAUUAUUAAGUUAUUCAUAAGGGUGAAUAUAAAAAUGGUCAUAAAGUUGGUAGAUGGGAAAUGUAAUAUAAGGAUGAUACUCAUAGACAAUUUUCUACAUUGUAACAAUAUUAUAUAUAGUUUUUAAAGCGGUGGUGGAUCAUAUGAUCAAGGAAGUGAUGGAAUAAAGGUUGGCAAGUGGGUCGAAUUGGAUUAAAAACUAGAUAAAUCUUCAUAAGUAAUUCAUUGCGGUGAAUAUAAAAAUGGUAAAAAAGUUGGAAGAUGGGAAAUUUUAUAAAAGGAGGAUAUCAAUUAAGGAUAUUCUACAAUGUAAAUAAUUUUAUGAAAAAGUAUCCUAUAGUGGUGGUGGAUCAUAUAAUGAAGUAGGGGAGGAAUUUAAGAUUGGCAAGUGGAUUGAUUUAGAUGAUAAUUUUGAGAAUUCUAAAUAAGUGACUUAUAAUGGAGAAUAUAAAAAUAGUAAAAAAGUUGGUAAAUGGGAUAUAAAAUACUAUAAUGAAUAAAUGUAAUAUCAUAAUAUAAAAAGUAUUUUAUAGAGGUGGUGGAUAAUAUGAUGAUCAAGGUGAUGGAGCUAAAAUUGGAAAGUGGAUUGAUUUAGAUAGUUAAUUUAAUGAUUCUUACUAAGUUACUCAUGAUGGGGAAUAUAAAAAUGGUAAGAAAGUUGGUAGAUGGGAUAUUAAGUAUAGGGAUGAAAAAAGUAAAGUAUUUGCAACAAUGUAUAAAAUAUUAUAUACAGUAAAUUACAGUGGUGGUGGUUAAUAUCAUGAAGGAAAAGAUGGAACUAAGAUUGGCAAGUGGAUUGAUUUAGAUGAUAAAUUUGAGAAUUCUAAAUAAGUGACUUAUAAUGGAGAAUAUAAAAAUGGUAAAAAAGUUGGUAAAUGGGAUAUAGAGUAUAGGGAUAACAGCAGUAAGCAAUUCUCUAAAAUGUAAAAUAUUUAAAAAUUAAGUUACAGUGGAGGUGGAUAAUACGAUCAAGGAAGUGAUGAAAUUAAGAUUGGCAAGUGGAUUGAUUUGGAUGAAAGAUUUUAUCUUUACAACUAAGUAACUUAUAAUGGUGAAUAUAAAAAUGGUAAAAAGGUUGGUAGAUGGGAUAUUGAGUUUAGGGAUAACAGCAGUUAACUAUUUUAUAAAAUGUAAUGAAAAUAUAUAAAUGAGUUAUAGUGGUGGAGGAUCAUAUGAUGAUAGAGGUGAUGGAGUUAAGAUUGGCAAGUGGAUUGAAUUAGAUGAGGGAUUUUAUCUUUACAAAUAAGUAAUUCAUAAUGGUGAUUAUAACAAUGGUAAAAAGGUUGGUAAAUGGAUGGAAAUGAAACGAGAAUGGAAAUUAAUGAAAGAUGGAUUCAAAAAAGUAAAUGAACAAAACUAUGAAUAUUGA